GGCGAACGAAGGCGACUAGAAAGCCUCGCGGGCCUCGGAGCAAUUCCAGCAUCUGCGCCAUUCACUCACCGCGCUCGAUUCUCAGCGACCGAGGCUGCUCCCUCUGCUUCCGACCCCCGGCUGGCUGGGCUGUGCACGCAUUCUCUCAUCAAUGCGGUAUACGAGACCUUCGAUCCUUCGAGUAGUUGGCGUCGCCGAUGUUCGUUGCAAGCUCAACUGGAUCAUCGAUUCCAUUCGCAGUCGCAACGUGAAAUUCAAGAAAUACCUCGAGCCCAUCACCUCGGACACCAGAGGCGCCGGCGCCAGCGCCAGCUGCUGAUCCUGCCGAUUGCCAUCGCGCUCGACCACCGGUCGAGGCCCGAGCGGAUGGGCCUCGAAUUCCGAGGCGCCAGCUGAAGGGUCGCGGGGAUUUGGCAAUCGCAAGCGAGCUGAGAGAAGUCCAUGGGCAAGCUGCGCAGUGGAGUGGUCAGCUGGUGGGACGGGAUUGUGGACAUGGGUUCUUCAGCCAGCGAGGCCUUCCAUGACUUCGGGGCGGCCUUCUGCGUGCUCCUGGCUGCGCUCUAUGCGCUCACUUACAAAUGCGUCGGGCUGGUUUUGUGGAUUGCUGCGGGAUUCGGCGAGCUCUUCGCCGAUCGAUGGACCGACAUCUACUCGAGCUUGCUUAGCACUGCGCGCGCGCUGCAGAAAGUGACGGCCGAUCUCACGGAGGUGUCGUUGAAUUUGUGGGACGAUCUUAUGGAGUCCUACGAGGUGACAGUGGACGCCAUCGCCGCGACGUUCGAGGACCUGUUCGAGCUCGGGCUCGCAUCGCUAGCGGCGCUAGGCCACUCGGCGCAGCGCCUGCUGGCGUCGCUCCUCGGCUCGGGCAUCGUCCGCUUCGAGGCGCUGUGGGAAUACGCCGACACGCUCGUCGUGCCGGAGGUGACCCAGGCCUGGGCGGGCGCGCGCCGUCGCCUCGGCCUGCCGCGCGCGGGGCCCGGCCUGCGGCAGCUGGUGACCGACGCGCAGCCGGUGCUGGAGAAGCUGGCGGACGCGAACCACAAAGUCGUGUUCGGUAUGUACUGCGCCUUCGUGCUCGUGGUGUGGUUCGUCCUGGUGAUGAGCGAGAACGAGGGCAUGGUGACCGGGUUCCUGUUCGGGCUGGUGAACGGGUUCGGCAUGAUCCGGUUCUGGGCCUGGAUGAUGGCGCGGAGACAGGCGCAGCGGACGCGGGCCCAGGUGCAGGCGCACGCGCUGGCCGCCUCGCCGCCCGCGCUGGUCGCGGAGACGCUGAGCGCCGGGAAGACGGCGGGCGCGGCGCUGGAAGGCUUCGAGAAGGUCGAGUGGCUGAACCGGCUGCUGCAGAAGGCGUGGCCGUCGCUGGCGUCGGCCAUCGAGGAGCAACGGCCGCGGCUGCGCGACUUCCUCGAGGCGUUCCUCGAGACGUACCGGCUGGGCGUGUUCCAGGUGAUCGGCGAGGACGAGGCCAACCGCAAAGUGGAGCGCUACAUUCCGUCAGGCGAGACUCUCACUUCCCUGCACCUGAACGAUCUGAACCUGGGUUCCGCGGCGCCGCAAAUUGGAGGCGUCAAGCUGCGCGGGCUGCACGAUAACAAGAUGGUGAUGGACGUGCGGCUGGUGUGGGAGACGCGGGCUCUGACGGUGGGGCUGGGCGUGGGCACGACGGACGGCGUUCUGCGGGUGCAGUUGGAGAACCUUCGCGUGCUGGCGACGGUGCGCGUGCAGUUCUACUUCGUGGAGCAGCCGCCGUUCGUGUCGGUGCUGGUGCUCUUCACGCCGUCGAAGCUCAAGCCCGUGAUCCACUACAAGCUGAGCCCGGACCAGGAUGCGCUCGAGCACCUGCAGCCGGUGGUCAUGCGCAAGCUGCGCGAGUUCAUCUACGACAGCAUCUCAGACUCGCUGCACUGGCCCAAUCGCCUCGUGGUCAUCCCGACCUGGGCUGCCACGCCCACCAUCAACGUCGACGACCUGCAGCUGAAGCCACACGGCCAGCUCUGCGUGACCGUGCUCCGGGCAGAGAAUCUGGUGAAUCUGUAUCCGUAUGUGCUUCUCUACAUCCGGGUCCGCUUCAAGGUGCGCACCAAAUCGAUCGAGAACACUCCCAACCCGGUCUGGAACGAGGAAUUUCUCCUGGAUGCCGAGGACCAGGCGUCUCAGAGUCUGAUCCUGCAGGUGAUGAACGAACCCAAGGGCAAGGACGCUCUGAUCGGCGUGGCCACGUACCCUCUGGCCAAGCUCGAGCCCGACAAGGACUUCGAGCUGGAAUUGCCCGUGCAGACGGUGGAGCCCGAGUCCGAUUCGCAGGAUGGAGGCACGCUGCAUGUGAAUCUCAGAUAUCAUGUUUACACCAAAGAAGAGCAAGAUGCAGCCAUGGCUGCCGAGAAGCGCCUCGAAGAGGCCCUGGCUGCGCCCGAAGCUCCCGAAUCCUAUGACACUGCUGUGGAGCUGCUCCACGGUUAGAUUCAGCUCGGUGAUUCUAUCGACUCUGGACUGUAUAUAGAUCAGAAGAAGCAGCAAGGAAUGGCGUGGGUACACGAGCUUGUGUAAAGUGUAGUAUAGUGUAGUGUAAUGCAGUGCAGUGCAGUGUUGUGUACAGGAGGGAGAGAGAGGGAGAGAGAGUAGAGUAGAGUCUACGGAUGAUGAUGCUGCAGAGAGGAGAGCAGGGCAGUGGAAUCUAUUGGCAUCUAGAUGGUGUACCCUGUUAACUGCACGAGUGAAAGUUGCCUGCUCUGAGUAGUUUGUAGUUUGUAGCUUGUCAUGAAUGUAUCCAUGCUAGUCUGAAUCGCCUAACUUCACCCCAGUUUGAAAUAUAUCCAUACUCCUCCGACGCAUGCUCAGCUCAGCGUCAGGAGAAUUCGCA